GUGUUGACUAGCUAACCCGAAACAUAUUGUCAUUGUUUUAGGUGCUAAUAAUUGUAGCUAUUGGACGAGGUAGUUCAGUCGAGUCGGGUAAACGAGGGCUGGAUUAGAUUAGCUGGUGUGGGGUGACAUUGUUGCAGUAGCCUGUACUUCGUCAAAUGGAUAUUGCAGUUUCACUGCACUCCAAGUCUUCCCGUUUGUGAAUCGGAGAGGGUGUAUGUUUUACGACUGUCAGGAUGUACUAUUACUUUUUCCAGUUUGACCUUGUUCGUAAGGGGCUUGUCCGUUUUUAUUGUUAUAGCCUACCGCAACUCGAUGCACUCAGUGGUUUGCAGUCCACGGGGAUUUGACGGUAGCCACCGAGUUACGGUGUCCUAAUGAAAAUGGAAUUUGAUUUAACUAAUGUUGGCUAACCUUGUUGCAUUGGCAUGAAAACAAGUUGCCACCUUUCCCAUAACCCACGAGAGCCCCUCGACGCUCGCUUGAAUCUGGUGCGAAGGGAUCCCUGUUAAAGAUCACAGCGUGUUUUCCUUCAUCUGCGACAGCUCGCAAUAGCGAGCACUCUAGCACUGCCGGACCUUUAAAGAGAAGACGAGCCGAAUUAACCCGAUUAUAUUGGUAGCGAUAGACUCGCAACAUAUUACCAAUUGUGAGGGUGAAAAAAUAAUGACACGUCUUCCCAGCCUGGCCAGAGAAAAACUGGUGACGAUUUUGAGCGCAUUGUGAAGGUGGUAGUUUGUCAAAGCGUUGUUUUUCUCCUGCGCUGUACUGUUGGAUUGUUGAACUGUUUCUGCUGUGUGGUACAGAAAUGGCGUCAUCGGCUCUGCUGUAGCGCAGCGCUAGACAUUCGGCAGACACAACGCUAACCUGCUCCUAACGAGUUCAUUUCAUGUGACAUCGCUUUCUUUUCUGCUUGUACUUUUAUGCCACUCUCAACUUUUCAGCUUCAAUAAGACAGGCAGAUUUGUUUAUGCCAUGCAAAUUACGUGUAUUGGUUGUGUUUAUUUUGGUCGUGUGUCUGAGUCGUUCAUCGACUGGAAAAAUCACGUUGAAAUUGAAGCUGGACAUGAUCAUUACAUAAAGAGCGCAAAUAUUUCCUAAUUGAAACGACCACCCCUUGCUGUCGGCAGUUUACACGCAGGGUGUACAUUCCUAGCUCUGUCAAAAACUGUUACAGCCACUGUCUUGUCCAUGGCGUAAUGUUGAAGGAAGAUACAGAGCGAAAAAAACUGACGUAGAACACAUGCAGGAUUGACGCCCGGACUGAUCAUAAGAAGACGAAGUUUGAACGGAAAUGAAGACCCUGGAGGAGCCCCCCUACCUCACUGUGGGCACGGACGUCAGCGCCAAAUACAGGGGGGCCUUCUGUGAGGCGAAGAUCAAAAUCGCCAAGAGACUGGUUAAAGCGAAGGUGACCUUCAAACCCGACUGUUCCACCGGGGAGGUACAUGACGAGCACAUCAGAGGCCCCUUGAAGGUGGGGGCUACGGUGGAGGCGAGAAACUCCGACGGGGUGUACCAGGAAGCCGUCAUCAACAAGCUCACCGAUGCCAGCUUGUACACCGUCGUGUUUGAUGAUGGAGAUGAGAAGACUCUGAGACGCUCCUCUCUCUGUCUGAAAGGAGCGCGGCACUUUGCAGAGAGUGAGACCCUCGACCGGCUCCCCCUCACCAACCCUGAACACUUCGGCACGCCGGUCAUCGGGAAGAAGACCAACCGCGGCCGACGGUCCAAUCCAGUCCAAGAGGAAGAAUCGUCUUCGUCGUCAAGUGAGGAAGACGAGGGGGACCAGCAGGACAAUGACGAGCUGCUGGGGAAGGUGGUGUGCGUGGAGGCGGUCGCCCCCGGCGACAGGAAGAAGAGCGCGUGGUACCCGGCACUGGUGAUUUCGCCAGACUGCAGCGAAGACUUGGCCACCAAGAAGGACACCGUCCUCGUCCGCUCCUUCAGGGACGGAAAGUUCUGCGCGGUUCUGCGGAAGGACGUGCGCGAGAUCGAUGGGCAGACGGCUCCGAAACCAGACGCGGCCCUCAAGCCAGCUCUGGACGGCGCCCUGGAGUUCCUGCGCUGCGGCGGCGUGCCGAGCUCCUGGAGGACCGAGGUGAAGGACGAGACCUCCAGCAGCGAGGACGACGAAGACGAGGAGGAAGAGGAGCCAGAGGAGGACGCCAGCAGCGGAGAGGAGGAGGAGGAAGUGGAGCCCUUUCCAGAGGAGAGAGAGAACUUCCUGCAGCAGCUCUACAAGUUCAUGGAAGAUCGAGGCACACCCAUUAACAAGAGACCAGUGCUAGGCUACAGAAACCUCAACCUCUUCAAACUCUACAGGCUGGUACACAAGCUGGGAGGGUUCGAUAAUAUUGACAGCGGCUCUGUGUGGAAGCAGGUCUACCAGGACCUGGGGAUCCCCGUGCUCAACUCCGCUGCCGGCUACAAUGUCAAAUGCGCCUACAGGAAGUACCUGUACGGGUUCGAGGAGUACUGCACCUCCACCGGGAUCGCGUUCCAGAUGGUCCUCCCGCACCGGGCCGAGCCGAAGGCCGAGGAGGCGUCGGGGGCCGCCGCCGCCGCCGCCGGGCCGCCCGUCGCUCCCGGCAACGGGGGCGCGUCCGAGCAGAGGGCCGUCCGCGAGGAGCAGCAGCGCUCGCGCCCGGACGGCAAACCUGCCGACCUCCAGCCUGUCCUGUGCAAGCAGGCAGAGGAGGAGGAGGAGGAGGAGGAAGCAGACACAGGCAGCGAUAGACUGGAGGCCGCUCGUCAGAAGAAGGAGGAAGAAGACGAGGCCGUCAGCAGGCUGGGGCGUAGCGAGGAAGACGAGGACGCAGACGAAGAAGCCGGGGAGGAGGCCCCCAGCCCCCGCGCGGAGAGCGUGAAGCCGGAGCCCUUCGAGGAGCUACGGGACGGGGAGAAGUCAGAGGAUGACAGCAGUCAGGAGGGGGAAGGGGAGGAGUUUGAGAGUUACCCCGCGGGGAUGAAGGUGCAGGUGAGGUAUGGGCGAGGCCGCAAUCAGAAGACGUACGAAGCCACUGUGAAAGAGUCUGACCUGGAGGGGGGAGAGGUGCUGUACCUGGUGCACUACUGUGGCUGGAACGUCAGGUAUGACGAGUGGGUUAAAGCGGAUAAGAUCGUGCGGCCGGCGAAUAAGAACGUCCCCAAAGUGAAGCAUCGUAAGAAAAUAAAGAACAAAACGGAAAGAGAGAAGGACAGGCUAGAGAGGCUGACGGACAGGGAGGACCUCCCCCCUUCCAAAAACCACCGAAUCCACCGCUCCGCCAAGUCCGGCCCGCCCCACGACGGCUUCUCCCCGCUGGACGAGCACAACGACAAAGGGCCCAAACACGCCGCCGCCAAGUCCAUCGAGAUCACGUCCAUUCUGAACGGCUUGCAAGCCUCAGAGAGCUCAACUGAUGAGAGCGAACAUGAGGAGGAGGAUGACUGUGAAGGUGAUCAGGAGGAAGAUGAGCAGCUGGGUUCCCAUGGUGACCGCAGGAGGGCGGGUCUGCCGGAGGGGCCCCGUGUUCCGGAGCACUGGGAGGGCAGCAGGGGCCUGCCGGGGGGGUGCAGGGGGGGACCUGGGGGGCCCGGAGGCGAGCGGGUCCUGGGGCCCGACGGCCAGGAGGGCACGGAGCCCGGGAAGCGCAGGGGCCCCCCGGAGCCCCAGGGGGAGGGGGCCAGCAGAAAGCGCAAAGCGGAGGCCCCCGGGCAGCGCCCUCCGAAGGGAGCGUCCCGGAGCAGGCCCAGGAGCGGCAGGACCGCCGACUGGCUGCCCCACGGCUCCCCCCAGAGGCCGGAGGAGAGAAGCGCGGGGCCGCGGGGGGAGACGAGCGGCAGCAGCAGCUCGGAGGACGAGGGGGAGGGGCCCGCGGAGCCCAGCCCCGAGGCGGGAGGGCGGCGCGGCAAAGCCAAGGGCACCCCCUCCAAGAAGUACAACGGGCUGAAGGAGAAGACAAAGGGGGGGCGGUCCUCGGCUUUCUGGGAGGUCCCCGAAAAGCGGCCCAAGCUGGCGCUGGGCGGGGACGAGAGGUCGGCUGGCGGCCGGGGGAAGGGCCAGAAGGACGUGUGGUCCAGCAUCCAGGCCCAGUGGCCCAAAAAGACGCUCAAGGAGCUCUUCUCCGACUCCGACACGGAGGCGGCCAACUCCCCCCCGCCCGCCGUGUCUCCGGCCGAGGACCCGCGGGCGGGCGACCCGGCGCGGGACGGCGAGGCGGGCCGGGGGACCCCAGAGCCCCACAAAACCCGGGGUUCCCCCAGCAGCGGCAGCAACUCGGUCCUCAACACGCCCCCCACCACCCCCGAGUCCCCGGCCGCCCAGGCCGGCAGCCCCCGUCGGACUCUGAGCCCCGCCCCGCCCCCGGCCCCUCCCCCGCCCUCGCUGGACCCCGCCCCCGAGGCCUCCCCCCGCGUCCCGGGCCCCCCGCUGGAGGAGAGCAUGGGGGGGCGCAGCGAGACGGACAGCAGCACGGUGGAGGUGGAGAGCCUGGGGGGAGAGCUCCCCCAGGAGGACAGGCCCGGGUCCCCCUCCAUGGCCUUCGGCGGCAGCCUCUCCUGCAACAGCAGCUGCAGCAGCCAGCACGACGGCCAGCAGAGAGCCCGAGCCGCAGCGCUGGCCAAUCAGAAGCAGCAGAAGGACUCCCAGGGGGGCGGAGCGUCAAAGAAACACAAACGGAGCCACAAGAACUCGGGCACCCCCCCCAAGAAGAGCCGGAAAAUGGCCCACAGCAGCGACAGCGAGGACCACUCCACCAGCGAGAACACUGCCAAAUCCCCCGCCCCUAAGACCACCGCCGCCGCCGCCGCGCCCAAGUGCCCCGGCAGGACGCCCCCUGCUGGUCACCGGUACCACAAGCACGGGGACGCGGAGCACCAGGGUCGCACGCCGCGCGUCUACAAGUGGAGCUUUCAGAUGUCCGACCUGGAGAAGAUGACCAGCUUGGAGCGGAUCUCCUUCCUGCAGGAGAAGCUCCAGGACAUUCGCAACCACUACCUCUCGCUCAAGUCGGAGGUGGCCUCCAUAGACCGCAGGCGGAAGCGCAUGAAGAAAAAAGAGCGGGAAAGUACGGUCGCAGCGUCCUCUUCCUCCUCAUCCUCCUCCUCCUCCUCCCCGUCCUCCAGCUCUCUCACAGCGGCCGUCAUGCUGACCCUGGCGGAACCCACCGUCUCGGGGUCCUCUCAGAACUCUGGGGUGUCUGUGGAGUGCAGGUGACAGGACGCCCAGCGGCCCAAAGCACUCUGCACUUAGCCAGCGUCCGCGCAACCCCGCCCCCUGGCCCCUGGCUCCGCCCCCACCCUUUGCUCCCAGACCCCUGCUCCUUUUAAAGUCCAAGUCUCACCAAAUAUUCCUUUGAGCUGAACGCUCAGUUGACAUGGUAACAUAACCGAGAGGGGGGGGAGGGGCUGAAAAUGAAGUGUAGCCUGUAAACCAUUUUAAAAAUGGGUGAUAUCCACCCACAGUCAGACAUGCACACACUGUAGCUGAAUUCCCUGUUUGUGUGAUGUGUGAAAUAGCUGAAAAGACAGUUUUAUGUACCUAAUAUUUAUUCAAAUUCAGGAAACAUUACAAAUGUUGCUUAUGUAUUUUUAACCAGCGUUGUGACUCAGUACAGUACUUGGCUAGCGUAUCUCGUCUCUGUAUUUCCCUAAGCGUUGAGAAGUCGUCGUGCCCUCAGUCGUCAGACACCACCUGCGUUUACUUGUUUGCUGCACCAGCUAGCUAGUUAGCAGUAUUACAGUAGGCUAACCACAUCCUGCUCCAGAGCAGGGUUUGUUCACUGUGUGUGACAGAUAAUCAGAUAAGGCUACCCUUUAUUCAUUGAUGUUUUUUUUUUCCUUUUCCCCAAAAGGAGUUAUGAAAUUUUACCACUUGCUAGUAUUCCAAUUGAAGUUACAGCAAAAUUAGAUUUGUUCUUGGUCACUUAAAAAUCUUCUUUUCCAAGGCAAUAUUUGGACAUAGCCUGCUUUUGAGACUUGGACUUUAAAACACAAAAUGUCUACUCUACAUACUAGAGGCACAAACAAACCUGUAAGAAAAACUGAAUUAAGCACUAUUUUCUAAUGACAACUGUUUUCUCGGCAAGCUAACUGCACUUAAGUGCACUUUUAUAAAUGGGGGUGUAUAAAAAAAAAGUACAAUGAACCUGUUAUGUUGAUGUUUAACGGAUUUUUGAAGUUGUUUUCUUCAAGCAAUAAUUAUUUCCAAUUUGAUUGCGUUCGUUUUGGGAUUCAGACGGGAUUGAAUUCAAGUUGCCUUCAGCUUAUACGGUGGGCACUUUUCUACUCACUGAAAGUACACCCCAGAUGUGCUUCAUGAGGGAACAGAAAAUCAAAUGCAGCAUCGCUUCAGAAAGCAGCGUUAAUGGUGACGAUUCCACCCCCCCGGUCUCUCCGCUUUCCCCCGAGCCCCUCCCCUGUUGAACGGUGGUCCCUGCACACUGUGGUCGGGCCCUGUGUUUUUCUUAGACCCACAGAAACCUCGCAGCAGCAACGUUAGCGCCAUUCUCUUCCUGCUCGAAGGGGCCGGUGUCCCAAGAAGCCUGUUCCUCAGAAAAAGUUUACUGACAAAAAACAUUAUUAAGUCGAAAGCGAUACUGCAGUGCCUUGUAAUUUCUCUUCGGGGCACUCUUAAAUACCCACAAUGCAGUGCGAGCAUUUGGCCACAUCUGAGCGCGUGCGGCCUAGCCCUGCCAGUCCUGCAGUUACAGAGGUUCUCUUCACUUCUUGUUUACAAAAACGCUGAACACCAGUGUGUGAAGACUGCAGAAGUGUAAAGGGCUGUUCAGAUGUAUUACAAAAACAGAUGCUGAUUUGUAUUUAAACAAGUUUGAAAUAUUCAUGCAUUUAUGAUGAAAUUGACCCUUAAAAGGGCGAUUGUACAACGUAAUGAGGAGAGACAUGCACUUGACAAUAUAAAAAGAAAUUUUUUUUUUUUUUUUUUUUGGUGGCCAUGAUCAAACGUAUUUUAUGAAUAUACCAAGAGAAUCAUUUUUAAAUAAUGAGGCAGUAGAAUGUUAAAAGAGCGUCGAUUAAAUGUUCUGUUAGACGGCCAGUUAUUUCUUCACGUCUUCUCGAUGUUACAGGGUUUUUUUAGGUGAAAUUUCAUGAAUUCCCUUGUUCAAGGUUACAGUUGGACCUGCUGUUUUAUCCGUUUUUACAGCCAUAACUGUCCUUCCGGAGGUCACUGCAAACCCUCACGACGGGGCGGGGUGUGCUUUUAACAUCAUGAAAAGGGCGUGUCUUUAAAAACAAAAAAAAAAUAGCCAGCCCCCCCCCCC